AUGGCGAAUGGGAUGGAGGAACUCUGGACCAGGUUUCAAGAAUGGCUCCAAGAAGUGCAAAAGGAUGCGCCCAUGGAUCUGUGGCUCCAGGCAGUGAUCCUCCUCUUCCUCUGCGCGGGGUUCAAUGCGACCUCCUGGCUCCUGGGGACGAAGAAAGCCUCAGGCGCCGCGCAGAAGCCAAGUCCUCCGAAGCACGCCGAAGCACCCAGCCGACCUUCGCCGAAGGUGCGCGAGGUCGAGGCGCCCGAGGUGAAGCGACCUGGGCCAAGCCUGAGCACCUCGGGGUCCUUGGAAACCACACAGGUCUGGCAGAAGGCCGUGGGGUACGAUCCCUAUGCAGGUGAAGGAGAAGCUCAAGCAGAGGGCUUGGGGCCCGGGGAGAUCAACUCUUCGGCCAAGGGCUUGUUCCGCCUGGCACAGCUCACAGGACAUUCGAGCACCAUUGCACCUGGAGCCUGUAAGAGGUGCGGCUCGGUGGGGCACCUCUACUUCCAGUGCCGGAACAUGUUCACGCUGCGGAAGGAAGAGAAGAAGCUGGACCAGUUUGUAGAAGACGAUGAUGACGAGGAUGAAGCCAGCGAAGCUCUGCCGAGCUCCGAGGAUGACAGCGAUGACAGCGACAGCGACGAUUCCGAUGACUCCGACGAGGAGAUCCGCGCGCGAGUCUUCCUCGCCGGGCGGCUGAGGGAUGAUGACCAAAACCGCCGAGGGAGCGUCCAGUUCACACAAGAAGAAGAAGAGGACUCCGGGCUGGGACGCCCGCUCUUCGCAACGCCCCAAGCGAAAGAAGCGCCCCAAACGAAGCUGAAGAAAGAACUGCAGCUCUCCGGAGACUUGAUGCAGUUUGCAGUGGAGAACAAGCAAACCCCUCAGGAGGUGAAAGAGAAGCAAAAGCUGCUAUCUCUCUUCCUGGAGAUUGCCAGGAAUAGUACCCGAACGCUGAAGGCUUUGCAGAAUCGCACGGCCUCGAUCUCCAUGUUGCCCUUCGGCUCCUGCGUCACAGGCUGCGGUGCCCGAGGUGCUGAUGUGGAUGCGUGUGUCUUCUUCGAGGAUGCGGCUCCACCAGACAGAAAUGUGCUGAGAAGAGUACAGAAGUGGGUGAGCAAGGGGCGCUAUGCCAAGUCGGAGUUCAUCCCCUCCUGGGGCAUUCCACUUCUGAAGGUUGUGCGCCGUGGAGUGGAUUUGGACCUCAGCUGCAACAACGUGAUCCCGGUCUUCAACACCUUCCUCUUGAGGAGCUACGUGGAAAUCAUGCCAGAGCUGGCCGUUCUGGCCAUGGCGGUGAAGUGCUGGGCCAAGAGGCAAGAGGUCGGCUCCGUGCUGGACGGCGGCCUCUCGUCCUAUGCUUGGACAUUGCUGAUCGUCUACUACCUGCAAGUCUGCCAUGGGCUUCCAUCGCUGCACAAGGGGUCAACGAUCCCAACGGAGAAGUGCUGGGUCUACUGGGAGAGGAGGGUGAAUAAGAAGGGCAAGGAGAGGAAGCCAAGACGACGGAUCUUUGACUUGAACUUCAAGUUAACAUCCAGGAGGUCGAACCACAGCGAGUCGUUGGGCGCGUGGUUUCAAGGCUUCUUCGACUUCUAUGCAAAUGACUUCGACUGGAAGGAGGAGGUGGUCUCCGUCCGCUGUGGACGACGACUCCAGGUGGAGGAUCCCAGCUUCGCAGCACUCAAGGUCGAUCGCGCGAAGGACUUGCAGAUCGAGGACCCGGUGGAAAUUAGCCGCAACUUGAACUUCGCGUUGACGAAGGCCGGCCGGAUUCCAACGCUGAUCCAGAGGGCGGCGAAGGUCUUGAGAAACGGCCAUUUGCAGACGCUGUUGGAACCGGGCACGAAGGCGAAGCAAAGAGCUCCACUGGAGUGGCCCGAAGUCAAGGAGAUCCUCCGGAAGAGUCGGCUAAGUUGGCCGUCGCUCAAGACGAUUCCCCAGCAGACGGCCCGGCGGCUGUGA